ACGCCACUGAUAACGGCUGAGGGCCACGCCCCCAACUCCUCCACAGCCUUCGCGAAGCCACCACCCCCUACCCGCUCUCCCUCUCCAAGUCUCUCCCACCAAUGGCUUCCCACCCGCAAGAGGACUAGGUUUAGGGUUGGGGUUAGGGUUUUGGUUCUCCCCAAUGGCGUCGGAGCUGAAGGAUCUCGGUGGGUCCAACGGAUCUUUGGACUCCAAGGAGGAGUCCCCCCGCGUCGGCGGCGGCGGGGAAUCCUCCGGCAAGGCGAAGGACCAGCGGCCGCUCCUGAAGCCCGGGUCCGCCGCCUCCGACGGCGACGGCGCGGCCCGUCUCUCGGAGAGCAUCGAGGAGCUGGAAAAGAAGUACGCGCCGUACGCGCGGAAGGACGUAUACGGGACGAUGGGCCGCGGGGAGCUGCCGGCGGCGGAGAAGGUGCUCCUCGGGGUCGCCCUCGUGACGCUGGUACCGAUCCGGCUCGUGGUCGGGUUCUUUCUGAUGUUGUUGUACUACCUGAUUUGCCGGCUCUGCACGCUGUUCUACGCUCCGAACCGGGAGGACGGGCGGGAGGACUACGCCGACAUGGUCGGGUGGAGGAGGGAGGUCGUGGUCCGGACCGGGAGAUUCCUCUCCAGGCUAAUGCUGUUCGUGCUCGGCUUCUAUCGGAUUCGCGAGCCCCGUCGGAGUUUCUCCGUGGAGGAUGAGCACACAGAACAAUCUGAUGAAUCUGAAAGACCGGGGGUGAUUGUUUCUAAUCACGUAUCAUAUGUGGAUAUUCUCUAUCAUAUGUCAUCAUGCUUACCAAGUUUUGUUGCAAAGAGAUCAGUGGCUAGGCUUCCCCUUGUUGGUCUCAUCAGCAAGUGCCUUGGUUGUGUCUAUGUUCAACGAGAGUCUAAAUCUUCCGAGUUUAAGGGUGUUUCAGGUCUUCUGACAGAAAGAAUUAAAAAGGCCCAUCAAAACAAGCUUUACCCUAUGAUGUUGCUCUUUCCAGAAGGUACAACCACAAAUGGAGAUUACCUUCUUCCAUUCAAGACUGGUGCCUUUCUAGCUAAAGAACCAGUGCUUCCAGUGAUUUUAAAAUAUCCUUACAAUAGAUUCAGUCCAGCAUGGGACACCAUAUCAGGGGUACGCCAUGUGUUUUUGCUUCUUUGUCAAUUUGUUAAUUAUAUCGAGGUGAUCCAGUUGCCUGUAUAUUAUCCUUCUGAGCAAGAAAAGGAGGACCCUAAACUUUAUGCUAGUAAUGUUCGGAAGUUAAUGGCUACUGAGGGCAAUUUAAUACUCUCAGAUAUUGGGUUAGCUGAGAAGCGAGUCUACCAUGCUGCGCUGAAUGGUUUGUUAUGUCAAAGCUAAUUCGGAUUUGCGCCUGUAUAUUCUUCAUAGAUGUUUCUGUAGUUUAAAAAACCCAGAAAAGAAUAGAACAGAAAGCAGCUUGUUGGGAUGAGUAUUUCUUUCUCAGAUCCUCUUAAGCUCUACAAUAUGCUCAGGGAAUUUCCAAGGGCAACUGUUCGCUUGAUAUAUAUCAUUCACUGGCUCUCAUCAAUAAGGAAAUAUCUGUUGUCUUCUGAAAUUUCUUUUUGAUGUUUGUCAGUAAAUUUCAGAAAAUCCUCAGAUAAGUGUGCUAGCCAGAGAAGAAAAUAGAAUGCGACAAAACUUAAAAAAAGAUUCUUUUGGCAUCUUGCUCGGUGACCCAUCGACCAACUCAUUAAUGUCACAAAGAUAUGUCAUGAUGUUUGCAUCAAUAAUUAUUAACUCUUUUCACAUUCAAUAAAAUGAGCUCGUGUUUUAUCA